ACCUUCUAGCUGGGCGAGAGAGCAGAGCUGCACCCGCGCGGAGGAGCCGAGGCGACGAAGGCGACGCAGGUCAGCACACGCCUUGCAUUUUCAUUUUUUUCCUCCCACCUCCGGUUCGAAUCCGCGUCUCCCUCGGGUCGCUGCAUCCUAGCUGCCUCUCUUUAGGGUUUAGGGAUUUCUCAUCGCAGAGCUGCACCCGAGCGGAGGAGCCGAGGCGAAGAAGGCGACGCCGGUCAGCAGGUCGUUGAUACACUUGAAACAGACAGAGCUUGCUUCUGAAGUGCUAUAACUCCUAAAGGAUCAGGUGUUUACUCUCUUCCAUCUACUGGGAAAUUCAACUGGGAGGAUAUCUAAUGUAAAGUUAAUUUGAAAAGACUGCAUCUACUUCCAGAACAGAAGUACAGAACAAUGGAGUAUACGCUGCUAACUGAUUUAGAACCGCACAAGAAACAUGCGACAAUUCAAGUGUGUAUUACCAGAAAGUGGCUUUUCCGAGGUGCUAAUGAUAACGCUCCACUGCAGCAUGUUGAUAUGAUUCUAUCUGAUCAAAAGGGCAAUGCUAUCUAUGCUGAAAUUCCAGCAAACUUAGCUAAUCAAAAAGCACCAGACAUUGAAGAGGGAAGGAUUUAUAAUAUCAGCAGAUUCAGAGUAUGCGCAGCAAAAAAUGGGUUCAAAGUAGUUGAUGGUGACAAGAUGAUCCAAUUCACGUUCUAUACCAUCGUAAAACGUGUCAUAGACCCUCCAACAGUGUUUCCAAAAUACAUCUACCGACUAACACCGUUUGAUCAAAUUGAAUCUAAUAUUCAGACCAAACCAAACUUUCUAGAUGUUCUUGGUGUCAUAAUCCAGGUUCAUGAACUGACACCCAUACAUAUCCAGAGCCAAUUGAACCCAGUAUUGACAAGGAGCAUUAUUAUAGAAGAUCUCAGCAACACACCUUUGAAGAUCACUUUAUGGGCAGACCAAGCAACAUCAUUCAGCCUUCAUGAUGUGUACGACCCAAACACAAAAAAACCAAUUAUUGUGCUUUUUGUUGGAUGCUUGCCAAAAUUUUACAAAGGUGUUUACUUAAGUGGUGGCUCUGCCUGUAGAUGGUACUUCAAUCCUACAAUUCCAGAAGCAGAACCUUAUCAUACCAGUCAGCAGACAAGAACAAUUGCAUUACAACUUCCCCAUGCUUUAAAUCAUCCUCCAACAAUUGAAAACAAAGAAGCAGCUGAAUCAAAGAGCCUUUAUGACCUUAUUAGAAUUAAUCCAUACGAUUUCCCGGAGAUAGGAUAUGAAUGUACUGUCACAAUAACAGAAAUACCGGUCGAAAACAAAUGGUGGUAUCCAGCUUGCACAAAAUGCUUUAAAGCGUCAACUCCACAAAAUACAGUUUAUCAUUGCAAUGACUGUAACUGGGAUAAAUACACAUUCAGGUACAAGCUGAAAUUCCUAGCAUCUGACGGGACAGAAACCGCACAAAUGUUUUGUUUCAAUAACAUAGCAAGACAAAUCGUCGGUAAAUCAUGUGAGAUCGUUUUAAGAGGCGUUAGUGAGCAUUCAUCUAUACCACCUGACCUAGCACAAAUCAUAUCCCUAAAAUUUACAUUUAGAGUCACAGUUGAUGAUCAAUCCUUUUUCCAAGAAAACAACCAUCCAAACGUGUUGCGAAUCAACUCCAUUGUUACUGCACAUGGAAGACAGCAAUCUUUACCAAUGCAAGCUCACAACCUUGAGCAACAAGGACCAUCAACACCUUCGAACACAUCAAAACAAAAGCUAUUUGAAGAUUCUCCAUCUACAGCUCUAGAAAAAUUAUCCACGACAACUUCGACGGCUGUUACGAAGAAGCUUUUAUAUCCAACAAAUGACGGCACAACAAAACCACCAACCAGCAUUGAUAUUACUGAUGCAGAAAACGACGAUAUCGACGAAGGAAACAUAGAGCAUGAUGCAAUACUUGACAACAAGGGAAAAGGUCCAGCAGCUACAAUUGAAUCUCCACCAAAAAGGUUCAAGCAUGGAUCUCUGUGCAUCAAAGAAAAGUCGGACACCAAAUCUUCCAAGAACUGAAGAUUUUCUCAGAUUAUUAGCAGUGUUUUAGGCUGUAGAAUGCUCUAUGUAUAAUUAUGUAUAAUUGCUUAGCUCUUCUGAAGACAUUUCAUGUAAAUAUAACAAGCUAACUUCAAAUAUUGCAACAAAUAUAUUACCCUCUAUCACUGUUUAUUUAAAUAUAUUUUAUUUUGU